AAAGCCAGUAAGAGAAAGGGAUGGUUCACCAAAAAUUCUAAUUUCCUCACCAUUUGCUCAAACUCAAGUUGUUCUAAACUUUUAUGACUUUCUUUCUCCUGUUGAAGACAAAACAAGAUAUUCUGAAGAAUGUUGGCAAAUAGCAGCUACUUACUUCCAUAAUAGGAACAAAAAAUAUGGUUGUCAGUGGCUUUUUUUUCCACAACAUUCUUUAGUAUAUAUUUAUUUGUGUUGUAAAUGAUGUACAUCAUAACCAGAACCAGAAAGAGCUUUAUUGCCAGGUAUGUUCACACACAUACGAGGAGUUUGUUAUCGUGACAGAGCUUCUACAGUGCAACUGGAUUACAGAGACAGGACAAAAAACAGAUAAUAAAUAUAUUUAAAAAAAUAGAAGUAAGUAGUGAAUGCAAAUAUACAAAUUGACAACUGUAUGUCCAGCUAUAUUACUAUAUACAACGUUAAAUGUGCAGCUGUUAUGUGCAAAUUGGCAUGUAAAGUGUGUUGUUAAAUAAGUGUAUAGCAAGUAGUGAUGUUGGUUCCACAAUUAUUAUCAUCAAGUGUUCAUGAGAUCAUUUUACAAUACAUGUAAUGGAAAAUAGUAAAUGUGCAGAUUUGUCCAAAACUCCAAUUGCUAUUAUAUGAUCAGCUCACCAGUUUUAAAUGUAAUGUUAAUCAUCAAAUCUAUUAAAGAUUCACUUCCUUUAGGACUCCUCUACAUCUUCGUUGAAGUUGAAAAAUCUUCCCCUUCACUGUUCCUGUUUCCAGAACUAACACAUUUUUUCUCCCCAAUGUUCUUCUAAAUUUAAAUCUAAAGUGCAAGUGAUUGCAGCGCUACAUUUUUCACACCUAUCCAGCAGCAUCUUCAAAAGCUUAAAGAGAUCAUCCCAAAAAUAAGACUUUUCCAUCUUUUACUCAUACUUCACUAGAUCAAACCAUAUUUGAUUUUUUUUUUGUCUUCUGUUGAAACUAAAGAAGAUAUUUAAAAAAAUAUACUGGUAUACUCAUUGACUUCCAUAGUAUUUUUUCCGAUAGGUCUAUAGGUGCCAAUAACCAGCAUUCUUCAAAAUAUCUUCUUUAGUGUUCAACAGAGGAAACAAACUAAUAAAGGUUUAAAACUGCACAAGGAAGAGUAAAUGAUGCGGUCAUUUUUAGUGGGUGAAGUAAUUUGAUUUGUGAUGUCACAAAAGAUUUUACUGCAAAUAAAUGAUUAUUUAUUUUAAUAUAUAAUCCUGAAAAAAAAGUAUUGAGCCAUAAAAUAGAACAGUUAUUUAAAUGAAAACUAUUCCACAUGAUAAGUUUUGCAUUAGUGAUUUUUUUUAAAUGCUGACCCACAACAUGGAAAAAUAAUGACAGGUUUUAAAGAGGAUUUCUGACACUUUCCAUGUCUGCCAUUAUUUAGUCCAACAGAAAACAAGCAAUUGGUUAAGAUGAAAAAAAAGAAAAGAAAUGAAAAACAGAUUGUUUGCAGGUUUUGAGUGAUUCAGCCUAUGGCUUAGUUGUUGCUGUCACCGCCUUUCAAGAGAGUUUAUAACAUACUCAAGUGUGCGUGUGUGUGUGUGUGUGUGUGUGUGUGUGUGUUUAUGAGCUGACCCUGUGGAGUUGCUCCAGCAGCAGCUGCACAUGUAGUGAAGUGAUUGAGCAGUUGCGAUAGUGUGUCGGAGAGUCAUUCUCUCUCAGCUGCUCUGAGGAAUCAGAGACCCAAACAAUCUCCCAUGAGAAAGACCUUUAGAUUUUGGUUUAGAGAGCAAAGGAAGGAUCUUGUGACCUCAGUUGACAAGAAGCUGCCAAAUGGCUUUCUGGAAGAUCAAGAACAAACAGUGGUGCUCCUCCCCAGAUCACCGUCUCCAUCAAAGCGUUAUUUUCCCAUCCCGCUGGACUCCCUGGAGGAAGAGUUUCGCCUCCGCAUGGCUGAUGAUGGCAAACUGUUCAGAGAAGAAUUUAAUUCUUUGCCUUGUGGUUUUGGCUGUGGGACCUUUGAGGAGGCAAGCAGAGAAGAAAACAGAGAAAAGAACAGAUACCCCAAUAUUCUGCCAUAUGACCAUUCAAGAGUGCUGCUUUCACACAUAGAUGGAUAUAUGGGCUCAGAUUACAUUAAUGCAUCCUAUAUAGAUGGCUACAGAGAAAAAAACAAAUUUAUUGCAGCUCAAGGCCCAAAACCAGAGACAGUGGGAGAUUUCUGGAGGAUGGUUUGGGAGCAUAAAUGUGCCACUAUAGUCAUGUUGACCAACACAAGAGAGAGAAAAGAGGAGAAGUGCUAUCAGUACUGGCCUGAGCAGGGCUGCUGGAUCUAUGGCUGUGUGAGGGUGGCAAUGGAAGAUUUUACUGUGUUGGUGGACUAUACCAUCAGGAAGUUCUGUGUGCAGCACCACGCCGCUGAAGGCUGCAGACCUCCAAGGCUGGUCACUCAGCUGCAUUUCACCAGCUGGCCUGAUUUUGGCGUACCCCUUUCUCCUAUUGGCAUGCUUAAGUUCCUCAAAAAAGUCAAGAGUGUCAACCCUGCCCAUGCUGGACCAAUCAUAGUGCACUGUAGUGCCGGGGUUGGCAGGACCGGGACCUUCAUUGUGAUUGACGCCAUGAUGGAUAUGAUGCAUGCUGAGGGCAGGGUGGACGUGUUCGGCUUUGUGUCCAGAAUCAGAAAGCAGCGCUGUCAGCUCAUUCAGACAGAUAUGCAGUAUUCAUUCAUUUACCAGGCAAUUUUGGAGCAUUACCUGUUUGGGGACACGGAGUUAGACAUCGCUUCCCUGGAGGGUCACCUUCAUAAACUCCACAACACGCACAUACACAUGGACCGCGUGGGCCUGGAGGAAGAGUUCAGAAAACUGACUAAUGUCCGCAUCAUGAAGGAGAACAUGAGAACCGGAAAUCUGCCCGCCAACAUGAGAAAGAACAGAGUUCUGCAGAUCAUCCCAUAUGACUUCAACAGGGUAAUAUUAUCAAUGAAGAGAGGCCAAGAAUUCACAGACUACAUUAAUGCAUCUUUCAUAGAUGGUUACAGGCAGAAGGAUUACUUUAUUGCAACUCAGGCACCUUUGGCUCACACUGUGCAGGACUUCUGGCGUAUGGUCUGGGAGUGGAAGUGCCACUCUAUCGUGGUGCUGACUGAGCUAAAAGAGAGAGAACAGGAGAAGUGUGUGCGUUACUGGCCAGCAGAGGGCAGUGUUUCGUUCGGAGAUUAUCUACUGGAGCUGAAAAGAGAUACACUUUGCGAGACUUUCAGUAUUCGAGACAUGCUGCUGUCAUAUGCAUCAGAGAAACAGACCCGUCUGGUCAGACAGUUCCACUUCCAUGGUUGGCCAGAGAUUGGAAUCCCGUCAGACGGAAAAGGAAUGAUUGACAUUAUUGCCGCAGUGCAGAAACAACAGCAGCAAUCUGGAAACAACCCUAUAGUGGUGCAUUGCAGUGCUGGGGCUGGACGGACUGGAACCUUCAUUGCUCUCAGCAACAUCCUAGAGCGGGUCAAAGCAGAGGGAUUACUGGAUGUAUUUCAGACCGUGAAGAGUCUACGAACUCAGAGACCACAUAUGGUCCAAACUGUGGAACAGUAUGACUUCUGCUACCGAGUUGUGCAAGAUUUUGUUGAUAUCUACUCCGACUAUGCUAAUUUCAAAUGAGUACAGAUAACCAACACACAUUUAUAUUUAAAGAAAAGCUAUUACUGUGGCUUAGUGACACUCCAUGCACUUGACAUUUACAAUAUUUUUCUUAUUUAUAUGCAGUACAAUUUUGGAUAUGACCAAACUCCAGUGGCUUAAACACAUCAAGUUGUUUGCAUUCAUUUUUUAACAUUUGUGUGUGUUCUUUAUGAGCAAAAAUGUUUUAUUUUUCUUUUAAAAUGACCAUAAGACAAAAUUGUUUUUAUUUAAAAAGUGUGUUCACAUCUGAAGUGUAAAGCAUUCCAUUCUCAGUAUUUGUUCCUUCUAUUUAUCCGACUUGCUUCCCCCCUAAAAAAAUUUGCAUGGUUAUUUGUGUGUACUAUAGUGUACUAAAAGUAGUUCUUCCAAAUUUGAAUUUUACAGCCAUCGAUGGCCAGACUCUGAUUUGCAUCAGCCCUGAUAAGUCACUUGUACCAUAGACGUGUUCUUCACCUCUCACUUCAUCUUCAUAACUAUAAUGAAACUUUAGCUGGCUUUAAAGUUUCUUUGAUGAUAAUGCUAUUUAUUACCAUGACUUUCCAAGUCAAUCAUAUAAUCAGGAGGCUAAAGAUGGGACAGAUAUAUGUAUUACAGCAUAAAAGAAAUCAAAGGAUGUAAUAAAUUCAUAAUGAUAUUAGGAUGUGUGGAAUAUAUAUGGUAAAAAUAGGUCAAUUGCCAUUGAGAUGACCAAGAAAAAGUGUCCCAAUUGACCGGAAUUCACCCCUACAUGCUAUGAAUGAAACUUGUUUAACAAUAAAGGAAUAGGUUCCUUUAAUUAUUCCCUACAAACAUGAUUGAUACAUCAAUAAGUUGUGUUUGUCUGCUUGUUUAAACAAAUAAACAAAUUCAGGGGAAAAACUAUUUGUGCUGUCACUGCAGUGUUCUUACAGCAGGGUAAUGAGGAAAGACAUAUGCCUUAAUCCUGAAAAACACCAUUUUCUGCAAUAAAUGUUUCAGUCAAUA